AUGGAGAAGGCUUGCUUAUAUGAAAGUCUCCAGAAAGAAGCUACAUUGGGUAUUGUUGCUAUUUUUGAUGGCUAUUAUAGCAAUGAAGCAAGUGAGACGGCAUGGAAGUAUAUUGAGGAAUACUUCUUCCUACACACGUAUUUUCUAUUUGAUAGGCUGGAGGGUGAUAAUUUUGAUGGUUCCUACGUUAAAAUGUUAAAGGAAGCAUUGGUAAGAGCGAUCCACGAUAUUAAGAAUAGGUAUACAGCAACCAUCAUAGUUAUGGUAGACGAUCACCUAUUCCUAUCCAGCCUGGAUGGAAGUGCUGAGGUUGCUACCGGUAGCUACAGUCGUUGGAUGGCUGCUUCUCAAUCUCAAUCUCAAUCUAUGUGUGAAGUAUCUUCUAGAAGGUUAGAUGGUGAUGGAUGGGGCUAUUCACUGAAGAACCUUAUCUAAAACAUAUCAGAUUUACAAGAAAUAAGCGCAAGGCGCAAUGAGACGCAGCCUUGUGCUUCGAACAGGUCGAGAUGAGGCGCAAUACUCAAGGCGUAGCUUAGGAGCUGAGGCGAGGGCUUUUUUUCGAGGCAUGAGGCGUCGGCUUUAACUAUUUUUCUACUCCAACUAUUGAUUAAUUUUUUUUUUUUUUUUGUGGGCAUACCCAUAGGGAUUCAAAACUCUUAAAUAUAAAAUGGCCAAACGUGGUCAAAAGAGAGCAAAAGGUG